UUCCCCUUCGCGUGAUUCCAUUCUCCAGCACCUCUCAAUCUCUCUCUCUCUCUCUCUCUCUCUUCAUAGAUCUCAGCCUCCCACGAGGCCAAAACGCCCGAUUCGAUCGAAAAAGCACCUUAAUUUGAUCCUGUAUAAGGUAAAUUUCACUUCCCACUAUGCGAUUUUGGACUAGGAGAAGCGAAUCGGCUCUGAAUCGACCGUGCUCUGUGUUUUCCGAUUAAAAUGAGUGGAUUCUCCCACUGGGUUCGCUUAGAAUCCCACUAAAAGAUGAUAUCUAGGAUUUAAUCGGCGUUGUGCGGUGCCAAAUGAGUGAAUUGUAGUACCCGGAUGAUCAAUUCUCUUUUAAAGAUGCGAUUUUGGACCGGAAUGAUCGAGUUUGUUGAGUGAUUUCUCCGAAUUCGAAGUGCCCAUAAGGCGAAACCCUUGAUUGUAGGCCGUUUUAUGUGUUUUUGAUGGAGAGAUAGCUUCGAAUCGAAGUGCCCAUAAGGAAACAUUGGGUUUUUGGGCGAUUUUUUGUGUUGUAAAGAUGAAUUCUAGGGUUUCUUCUAUGGAGGAUGUGAAGGAUUCGAUUCAGAGGUCGCAGCCGAGGGUGUUCAAGUUGGUGCUUUUGAAGUUUUUCCUUGUAUUCCUUGUUCUGGGUGUUGGUUUCUCCCUCUUUAGCAUGUACAUGGCCCGGCAUAUCGGGGUGCGAGACAUAGUAUUGCAAGCUCAAUCCACAUUCAAGCCGUGCUUCGAGGAGCAGGGUAGCCUCGACCGGUGGAUCAGGCCGCCGUCGACCUUGAUGCACUCGAUGAGCGACGAGGAGCUCUUGUGGCGGGCGUCGUUCGUGCCGCUCGUGAAAAAGUAUCCUUUCGAGAGGAUUCCUAAGAUUGCCUUCAUGUUCUUGACGAGAGGGCCGUUGCCGCUCUCGCCGUUGUGGGAGAAGUUCUUCAAAGGGCAUGAAGGGCUUUACUCGAUUUAUAUCCACGCUCUUCCUUCUUACGAGGCCAACUUCACUUCCGAUUCGGUUUUCUACAAAAGGCAGAUUCCCAGUAAGGUAUCUGAGUGGGGCGAGAUGAGCAUGUGUGAUGCCGAGCGGCGCUUGCUCGCCAACGCACUGCUCGACCUCUCCAACGAGUGGUUCGUCCUCCUUUCUGAAUCGUGCAUCCCUCUCUACAGCUUCAACGUCACCUACAAAUACUUAUCCAAGUCCGUCCACAGUUUCAUGAGCAUAAUCGACGACCCCGGCCCUUACGGUAGGGGCCGCUACAACGAAAACAUGUUGCCUGAAGUCAACAUCUCGCAAUGGCGAAAGGGGUCUCAGUGGUUCGAAGUCAGCCGAAAGCUUGCGGUCUCUAUAGUCAAAGACACCGUUUACUACCCGAAGUUCAAAAAAUUCUGCCGUCCGCAUUGUUAUGUGGACGAGCAUUACUUCCCCACUAUGCUCGCCAUCGAAUCUCCGCAUCUGUUGGCAAAUAGGAGUGUCACUUGGGUGGAUUGGUCAAGAGGCGGCGCCCAUCCGGCUACAUUUGGGAGGUUCGACAUCAGUGAGGCGUUUUUAAGGAGGAUUCUCGAGGGGCACACUUGUUCGUACAAUAAUCGCAAUUCGACGAUUUGUUUUCUCUUUGUGAGGAAGAUUGCUCCGAGCGCUUUGGAGCCCUUGUUAGAGUUAGCGCCGAAAUUGCUCGGCUUUGGCUAGACAAUGAGAAUUUUUGCUAGAUUCUUGGGAUUUUCUUCUUCUUUUUUUUUUUUGAUGAUGCGUUUUACGGAGAUCUCCUCGAUCUUUAGUAGAUUUAUGUAGUGAUGGAAUUGACACGCAUAUUUUUAUAUUUUUCAUUAGUGUUACACUUGAACCACUUUUUUUUGUAUAGUAAAUUGCCAGAUAUAAAUUUCACUGAAUACAGCUCUAGUUGAUUUCUAU